CCUUUCCACCGAAAAUUCCCGAGCUUCCCCACUCCCCCGGCCGGAUAUCCAAUUUUAACCAGGCUUCUCGUUGACCCACAAAGGGAAGAAGUGGAAUUCUUAAAUGUUCACUAUUGAGGCAAACUAACGAUAAGUCAUUUUACAAUCGCCCCAGUUAAGCAGGGUGUUUUUAAAAAUAAAACACUAAAAUGAGUGAACAGAUCAAGUUCAUUGUAGAACAACUCAAUAAGGAACCCUUCAAGAAGACUUUCAACCUAAUCACCUUCGACUCUUUGGAGCCACUACAGUUGCUGCAGGUGCUUAAUGAGGUUUUGGCUGAGAUUGAUCCAAAGCAUAAUAUUGAUAUACGAGAGGAAGCACCGGAUCAAACAGCAAAGCGAAUGUUCAGCCUUCUGGGAAUUCUGAAAUACAGGCCACCUGGAAGUGCUUCUGAUAUGAGUGCCUUUCGACAGGGUCUGGUCACUGGGAGUAAACCUGUAAUCCAUCCCAUUUUGCACUGGCUUCUGCAGAGGACCAAUGAGCUUAAAAAAAGAGCGUAUCUAGCUCGUUUCCUUGUCAAGGUGGAGAUCCCUGCUGACUUUCUGCAGGAUGAUGUGGUGGCAGACACUUAUCAUCAGUACGAAGAAUUGGUGGAAGGGUUCAAAACCUUGCACAGGGAAUGUGAACAGCUGAAGAACUGUGGUUUUUCAACUGCAGAAAUAAGAAGGGAUAUAAAUGCUAUGGAGGAAGAGAAGGAUCAACUUAUUAAGCGUGUGGAUCGCCUAAAGAAAAGGGUGGAUACAGUAUCAAAUCAUCAGCGGAUGCUUGAGAUGGCAAGACAGCUUCGCGUGGAGAAGGAGAGGGAAGAAUCUUUAAUGCAGCAAAAGCAGGAACAGAAAAAUCAGUUAUUCCAUGCAGAACAAAGGCUGCAGAGAGCACAACAGCAGUUGAAGGACCUUCGACAAGCUUCAGCUGAUGCGAAGCCUGAAAGUUUGAUGAAGAGGCUGGAUGAAGAAAUAAAAUUCAACACAUACAUGGUUUCAGACAAGUUUCCCAAGGAAUUGGAAAGCAAGAAGAAAACUGUUCAUUACUUACAAAAAGUGGUAGCAGAACCAGCAAUGGGACAGUCUGACCUCAGUGAGCUCGAAACCAAGAUCCAGGAGAUCAAUACACAAAUUAACCAACUAAUUGAAAGGAGAAUGAUGAGAAAUGAUCCAAUGGAUGACAAACUUUUUCUUUUUCGGCAACAGGCAUCUAUCAUUUCCCGAAAAAAAGAAGCUAAAGCUGAAGAGUUGCAAGAAGGAAGAGAGGAGUUGUCAAGUAUGGAGAAAGAACUGGCACAGAAAACAAACCAGGCUCGUGAUUUUGAUGGCACAGAAGUUCUGAAAGGUGAUGAGUUCAAACGCUAUGUCAGCAAGCUUCGUAGUAAGAGCACUGUUUAUAAGAAGAAACGUCAAGAACUAGCAGAGCUAAGAGCAGAAUAUGGCGUGCUGCAGAGAACAGAAGAAAUUCUAAAACAACGGCAUGAGGCUAUACAGCAACAGCUGCAAGCGGUCGAAGCUAAGCAUGGUAUUACAGGUUUCAGUGACACUCAGGAGGAGCUGGAGAGAGUAUCUGCACUGAAGAGUGAGUUGGAUGAAGUGAAGGGACGAACACUUGAUGAGAUGUCUGAAAUGGUAAAGAAACUUAAUGCCCUUAUUGCUGAAAAGAAGACUGCCUUGGCUCCUGUGAUCAAAGAACUACGACCAUUGCGACAAAAGUGUCAGGAAUUAACUCAAGAGUACGAAGAAAAAAAAUCACUCUAUGAUAGUUGUGCAGCAGGCUUGGAAAGCAAUCGAUCCAAGCUUGAACAGGAAGUCCAAGGGCUUCGAGAAGAAUGUGGACAGGAGGAAACUAGAUACCAUUACGUCAACUGCUUGAAAAAGGUUACUGAAAGGCAGAUUCAGCGAGCUGCUGAUGAAAUGAAGCUAUAUGUUUCUGCAGAUCCACAAGAAAGAAGAAAAGCCUUGAGGGAGCAAUACAAUCGAAAUAUCCUUGAGCAAGAAAAUCUGGGAAAGAAACUACGUGAGAAGCAGAAAGCUGUCCGGGAGAGCCAUGGGCCAAACAUGAAGCAGGUUAAAAUGUGGCGGGAUUUUGAGCAACUGAUGGAAUGCAAGAAGCAAUGCUUUCAAAAACAGCAAAACCAGAAUUCUAUUGGUCAAGUGAUUCAGGAAGGAGGGGAGGACAGAUUAAUCUUAUAAAUUCUAAAAUUCAUUUGUGUUACUGCACAUCAAAAACUUAAGAUUAUAAUAGAUUUUGCCAUUUUCAGCAGUUAUUAUUAGUUUUAGUUAUUACAACAGAUUGUAAAUUUAAUUCAGUAUGCAACUAAUUGUUCAGUAACUUUCAACUUUUUUGAAUAAAUUUUUUGUGCAGAUAGCACAUACAAGUCUCA